AUGCGUAAUGAGGAAACAUUCGCGGCAGUUGCCAGUCUGCUCUCCAACCUUGCCAAGUCCCGUACGCCAGCAAACGAGCAUUCUUUUCCGGCGCACGCGAUCGCCAAUGGCGUCAAGAGCCCCAAGAUAUCACUGCCUGGCGAGAAUUCAGUGGAGAAGAGGACGUUGGAGCGCGAGUUGACCGCGCUGUCAUCGCGGAUUAAUUUUCUGGAAGCGAAAGCUGCGUCUGGCUCCGCAUCGUUACCUAUUACACUCGAUGAGCCUUUGGCUUCAGCAUUUGCAGAGACUCCAGCUUCGCCCAAGACUGCAACAACAGCGUCAAGAGAACGUUCGGCUUCGUGGGUCAACAGCCUGCUUGGUAAGAGCGACGGAGAUCAACGGACGUGGCAACUUACCGGAGAGCAAUUUGCAUGGCUGCGAGAGCAUAUCGACCAGCAAGGGCAGGAGAUCAAGAGCCAAAAGGACUUCAUCGACGGCAUCAAAUCGCAAUUGACGACCCAGCAGAUUGCGACCAAGGCUGCAAUAGACACACUGGGCAACUCUUUAUCUAUAGAGCAGCUGAAGGGGGAGAUUGAGAAGAAUGCGCAGAUCAAUGCCACCUACCAAAAAGUGCUGCGCGAGAUUGGCACGAUCAUCACAGCGGUAGCCAAUGGAGACCUGAGCAAGAAG